AUGGAACCGAGUCCAAGCGAAUAUUCUCGAGACAUUUUUGAGGUCACGAACACGACUAGUCCUGGAUUAUCUCAACAUACAAUCGACGACUACUUGCCCGUUUACGAGUUCCAAGAUACCGAGAGAUCGCCUCUUGAAACUAGUUGUGCCAUUUGCUUGCAAGAUGUGAAGGAUGGAGAGAGUGUAAGAUUACUGCCCAAUUGUGGGCAUUUAUUCCACCCUCACUGCAUAGACAAAUGGCUCACCAGACAAGGGAACUGCCCAAUGUGCAGAAAAAAUGUGUGA